CGGCGGCGGCGGCAGAGCAGCGCCGAGAGCCGGCCCGGCCGGGCCGCGCCGCCGCCACCACGGGAGUUUUCCACACUCAGAGGCUGUUCCUGCACAUCCCCCAAGGAGCUGCUGGGGCUGAACCUUUCCUGGAGGAACAUGGAUUGAAAGAGGAGCUUCACCAGACCUCAGCUGCUGGUGCCCUUCACCUGGACCCCGAUGGACUCCGCGUCAGGACUGCAUUACCAUGGUGAUGAUCUUAACCAAAACACGGCAAAACAAAGGUGCUGACUCCGUAACAUGCAGGACUGAGCUGCACACUCCAAAGAUGAGUCAAGGACCUACCCUCUUCUCUUGUGGCGUGAUGGAAAAUGACAGAUGGAGAGACCUCAGCAGGAAGUGUCCCCUCCAGCUGGAGCAGCCGGGAGCCAGCAUCUGGGACUGCUUGUCGGACAAGGGCGAGGAGGGCUCGCGCUGGCCCAGGGACACAGCCACCACUUGCUCCGUCACCAACCUCAUCAAAGACCUCAGCCUCAGCGACCCCCAUGGCAACCCCUCGGCCCCCCCCAGCAAGCGCCAGUGCCGCUCGCUCUCCUUUUCGGAUGAGAUGUCCGGUUGUGGCUCCUCCUGGAGACCUCUGGGCUCCAAGGUGUGGACGCCAGUGGAGAAGCGGCGGUGCUACAGCGGGGGCAGCGUGCAGCGCUACUCCAAUGGCUUCACCACCAUGCAGAGGAGCUCCAGCUUCAGCCUCCCAUCGCGGUCCAACCCAAUGUGCUGCGAGCAUCCCGUCCUCAGCAGCCGGCUGGGAUGCCAGCCGAGGAGAUCAGCCCCCGGCGGGCACAGGAUGGACAUGCAGAGGUCCCUGUCCUGCUCCCAUGACCACUUCUCCUCCUCCUCGGAGUGCUGUGUGCCGUCGGCGAGCAGCACUCCUGCCUCCACACCGGAGCUGGGCCGGAGGGCAGGGGGGCUCUCCCGGAGCCGAUCCCAGCCCUGCGUCCUCAAUGACAAAAAGGUUGGGGUCAAGCGGCGGAGACCGGAGGAGGUUCAGGAGCAACGGCCCUCGCUGGACCUUGCCAAGAUGACGCAGAACCGACAGACAUUCAACAGCCUCACCUGCCUUAGCGCCGCGGCCGAGGACGGCUCCCACCGCAUCCCAGCCCCACAUCCAUGGCCUGCAGCCCCCUGCUCCCCGGAGGUGAUGCCAGGCAGGACCCCAGCCUGCACCCCAGUGCCGGAGCCUCCCCGGGCCAGCAGGGAUGACCUGUCCUGUGAGGAUGAGGAGGAUGCUGCCGCAUGGCGCAGCGCUGGCACCGGCACCGACAGCCUCUUCCAGCUGGAUGGAGAGCUUGACAUCGAGCAGAUAGAGAACAACUGAGGAGGGAACGGGUCCUCUAGCCCCGGUGUCAGCAGAGCCAGGCAGGGCUCCCCAUUGCCAGCAAUGGGGCUGUGGGAUCCUGCCACUGGUCCCCUCCGGAGGGGACGAAGCAGCUUUGCCAAAACUUCAUCAGGUAUUUAGAGCAAUUUGUGUGCAUGCGUGUGUAAAUCUUGACAUUCUUUGUAACUACUGUAGCCAGAGCUCAGCUAGGUGGGGGAACUGCCUUGUCCAACUGGGAACUGCCUUGUCCAACUGGGAACACCAGGCAUGGGGAUGCCCAAAAGCUCGCCUUUAGUGAGUAAGUGGCGUUUACCAACCAGGUUGGAGCUGAUGGCGCUGGCCACACUCCCCUGUGCUUGUUAAAGGGAUGCACAAGGAGAAACACCACCCAUGGGACUGGAAAACUGGGGGGAAACCAGGAUAUUGAGGUUUUCAAACCAAGCAGUGGCUGCAGGGGAGGCUGCGGCUCCUGCUGCACCAUCCUGUGCAGCCCCAGCACCCCACAGCCCCAGCAGUGCCAUGAGGAGGAAACCACAAGUGAAGAGUUUUGCUUACAUUUCCUAUUGGUGAGAGAUGGAUUUUUACUUCUUUUUCCUUAUUUUCCUUUUCCUGAUGAGGAAUUAAAGGGACCCCUGCCCCAUCAUGUGGGGCAGCAUCUGCAGCCGUGCUUGGUGGGUGCAACCCAAGGAUGCUGCAAUGCCUUCUUUCC